UGGCGCAAAUCUAAAAUGGACAUGGGUUGGCUCCAGAACUUUCUCCUCCUCUCAGCCCUCAGCCUCAGUAGCAGCUCCUCAGCAGCAGGUGAGGGCUGUAAGGAGUAUGGCCUGCAGUUUGAGCGGUCAUUCUCAGUCGUAGGGGAGGCUGCCAUGUUGAACCUGGUAGCCCCUGAGGUGUUUGACUUUUGGAAUGUCUCCUACAACAUCCACUGGUACAACGAGCAGACACUGGAGCUGGGCCGGGCUACAGAACAAACUCUUGUGAGGGGCACAGCUCUGUGGUUCCUCAAUGCUUUGCCGCAGGACACAGGAAAAUACUUGUGUGUUGUGAGAACUCCAACCCAGUGUUUCUCUCAGACCACCUCACUGAUCGUAAACCAAACCAACUCACACUGUGACCGUCCAGAUAUACACAUCCAGUACCUGACAAACAUUGUCUUUGACAAAGUGGUCUGUCCUUUGAAGAACAUGAAAAGGGAAUUAGGAGAUUCUUACUCCUUCAAGUGGUACAAGGACUGUCAGCCUAUUGAAACAGACGACAAGUUCAUGUAUCGUGAUGGCAACCAGAGUCUAACUGUGAAGCAUGUCGAGCCCAAGGACGGAGGCGUCUACACCUGCACUGUGACCUUUGACCUGGGGGGAAUCCGUACAAGCAUGUCAGCCACCAUCAACUGUGAAGUGAAAGAGGAAUAUGUUCUUCAACCCAGACUCAUGGCGCCUACUAAUGAGUCGGUCAAGGCAGAGUUAGGGUCAAACUUCAGCAAGGAGUGUCGUGUGUUUGUUCCGUGUGUGGGAGAACACGGGGUGAGUGUGUUUUGUCUGGCCAGCGGUGCUGAUGUCUACAUCCCCAGUGACUCCACACAGAGAGUCUUCCACCAAACACAACCGGACCAGAGACAGGUUGACGGGGAAAAGGGUGUGUGGCUGAAUCACCUGCUGACAUUCUCUGAAGUGAAGCAGGAAGACUUCUAUGUCAACUACUCAUGUCAUGUUAUCAGUUCCCAUGAUUUUGUGGAGGCACAGUUCACACUCCUGCCAGCAGGUCAGAAAACAACCAACCCACUGACGUGACAAUGUAACACCCAACUAUGAUAGUGUUACCUCACUGAUGACUGUCAAUCC